GUAGAUGUUGUACAUUGGAUUAAAACAGCGUUUGCUCUACAUUUGCGUACAUUGGUACUCGAAUUUCUCAUCUAUCCAUACGAGGUCGACGAGUUCAUAUUUACGAGUAGCUUGUGUACUUGUGAUACACUAGAGACUUUGAAACUCGGGAGUCUGAUUCUUGUAGAUAUCCCUGCACGGGGUUCGAUGAAGUCUCUUAAAACGCUGCAUCUUAUUCAUGCGUUCUACACAAACGAUGAAUCUAUAUGUAACCUUUUAUCUGGCUGUCCUAGACUUGAAGAACUCGUUGUGGAACGAUCUUGCGAAUAUAGUGUGAAAUUUUUCACUAUCAAAGUCCCUUCUUUGCAGAGAUUAAGGAUUUAUGAUGACAAUGAUGAGGACGAGUUCGUUGGAUAUGUGAUAGAUACUCCUUCUUUGAAAUACUUAGAGAUUGGAUACUUAGGAUGUCCACAGUUUUCUCUGAAUGCACCGGGGCUGCUGGCGGCAUAUAUUGCUAGAGUUUCUAAUGUAAUCAGUGAAUCUCUCGUUUCAGUCAGACGUCUUGUCUUGAAUGUAUCAACUUCGAUGACUAUAUAUCCUCCUACUGGAUGUAUCUUCUAUCAACUGGUAUAUCUACAGAUAUAUACGCAUGAACCAGGCUGGUAUGAUCUACUUACGUGGAUGCUCGAACAUUCACCAAAACUACAAGUCCUGAAGCUCGUUGGU